GAGGUCGGCUCCUCCCGCCUGGAGACGCGGAAGUGGCAGCCUUCGGCGCAGCAGCAGCCAGAGAAGGGCUGGGGGGGACAUGGCGCCGACCGGGCUGAAGGCGGUCGUGGGCGAGAAGAUCCUGAAUGAUGUUAUACAUAGCAUGAAGAGGGAAGGAGAAUGGAAGGUCCUCAUUAUGGAUCAUCCCAGCACGCGCAUUCUCUCCUCUUGCUUUAAGAUGUCAGAUCUUCUGGCUGAAGGAAUCACAAUUAUUGAAGAUAUAAACAAGCGCCGAGAGCCCCUUCCCAGCCUGGAAGCCAUCUAUUUGAUCAGCCCCAUUGAGACGUCUGUCCAUGCUCUGAUAAAUGACUUUAAAGGCACUCCCACGUUCACAUACAAGGCUGCCCAUGUCUUCUUCACUGACACCUGCCCAGAGGACCUCUUUAAUGAACUCAGCAAAUCCCGGAUCACAAAAGCCAUCAAGACACUCAAGGAGAUCAAUGUUGCCUUCCUUCCCUAUGAGUCACAGGUGUACACCUUGGACAACGCUCAGAGUUUCCACCAUCUCUUUAGCCCCUACUGCAGGGAAGACAAAAACAACCACUUAGAGAGGAUGGCAGAGCAGAUUGCCACACUGUGUGACACUCUCAAGGAAUAUCCCUCAAUUCGCUAUAGGAAUGGCUCUGAAGACUGUUGCCUAUUGGCCCAUGCGGUGUUGGCAAAGCUGAAUGCCUUCAAAGCAGACAACCCAACCAUGGGAGAGGGCCCUGACAAAUCUCGAUCACAGCUUCUGAUAGUCGACCGCAGCUAUGAUAUGGUGUCACCACUUCUGCAUGAGCUUACCUUCCAAGCCAUGGCCUACGACUUGCUCAAUAUUGAGAAUGACACUUAUCGGUAUGAAUCCACAGGCAUCAGUGACUCCAAGGAAAAGGUAGUACUCUUGGAUGAGGACGAUGACCUCUGGGUGCAGUUACGCCAUAUGCACAUCGCAGAUGUAUCCAAGAAAGUGACUGAGCUCCUGCGUACCUUCUGUGAGAGCAAAAGGCUCACUACAGAUAAGGCUAACAUUAAAGACCUCUCUCAGAUCCUGAAGAAGAUGCCCCAAUACCAGAAAGAACUUCACAAGUAUUCCACACAUCUGCACCUGGCCGAGGACUGUAUGAAUACCUUUAAGGGCACCAUAGAGAAGCUGUGCAGCGUGGAGCAGGACCUGGCCACAGGCGCAGAUGUUGAAGGGGAGAAAGUCAAGAACCCGAUGAAGAGUAUCGUGCCAAUUGUCCUCGAUACAAGCGUGGAGGCAUUUGAUAAGAUUCGCAUCAUCCUGCUUUGCAUUCUCCUCCAGAAUGGCAUUAAUGAGGAGAACCUCACCAAGCUCAUCCAGCAUGCCAACAUCCAGCAGGAGAGGGACAUCCUCUACAAUAUGCACUGCCUGGGGGCCACCAUCAUGCCAGAGGAAACUGGUGGAAACCUGAAGCCUGUGAGGAAAGUGCGGCUAGAGCCUACCUACCAACUCUCCCGGUGGAUUCCUGUUCUUAAGGAUGUCAUGGAGGAUGCCAUUGAGGACAAGCUGGAUAAGAAGGUCUGGCCCUAUGUGUCUUGCCCUGCCCCUGGCCCCUGCUCACAAACUGCUGUGAGUGCCCGCUUUGGACAUUGGCACAAGACCAAGACAGCAACUGAGUACAGGACAGGACCCCGUCUUAUCCUGUAUGUGCUGGGAGGAGUUACCAUGUCAGAGAUGCGCUGUGCCUAUGAAGUCACGGAGGCUACUGAUGGGAAGUGGGAAGUGCUGAUUGGCUCAUCCCACAUCCUGACUCCCAAGCAGUUCCUGGAAGAUGUGCGCAACCUGACUGAGCAGACACCCCUGAAGACCUAAGACUCCUCCUAGCCGCUAAGAGACUUGCUGGCAGCAAUUCCAUUAGCUACCUGGAGGAAAGCUUUUUCCUCAGCCAGAUGGCAUCUUCCUCACCAAUGUCUUUGUUUCUGUCCUCCUGAGACUGGCCCCAUCUUGACUCAGUCUUUAGCCAGCUAUCAUGACUGAAUUGACACUGGAAGGGACUUGGCCCAAGGCCUAGACUGAAGAUAAGGAAUCUGUCUGAAUCCUUCAUCUCUUGUGAUGUGGUUUCUGGACACCCUUUCUUUUCCUCCCCCCUCC